UUAGUAUGCUAUAAAUCACUGCCUCCUAAGUUCUAACUGUUAAUUUUUUUUAUUAAUGAUGAAAUCAGUGAAAAUUUAAUGGUUCAUGACGGUGUUUUAAUUAUUAUUUGUAAACAUAAUUUAACGAAUACCGAUGACGAUGGAUCAUUAUUAAACAGUUAAUUGAAAUAAUACGCGCCAAAAAAAUGUCUUCAUUACAAACUGAGGCUCGAGUGUUAAUUGAUGUGAGUGAUGUAGUUGACAUAUUUACUCGUCUUCAAUUAGGUGUCAUAUCUCAAGAUUAUGUAGACCAAGUUAUGAGUAGCCAUUACAGUUAUUACAAAUUUCCCGAAUCAUAUGAAUCAAUUGUUAUGCCAGAUAUUGAUUUUCCAUCAAUUAUAAAUGAUUCUUGUGAGUUAUUAAACAUUUACUUACAACAACCAUCAGCUCUAAUAUUAUGGGAUCAGUUUAUUAGUGAUGAUUCUUGUUAUGUACAUCCUAAACCAUUGAGUUGUUUGCUCAAUUGUUACAUUCAUUAUGGACUAAAAUGUAUGGCUGAGCCUAGUGCUAGGAAAAAUGGAUUGUCUGCUACACGUUUAUUUCUUUUAGCAUCUACAUUUAUGGGUAGUAAGAAUAUUGGAUUUUAUCAUAUUAGCAUACUCACAAAAUGCACAGAGCUAGUGAAGUCAUGUAUCGCCAUGUUACAUUUUACCGGAGGUAUAAAUAGUGGCGAUGAUGUACAAUUGGAAGAAGAUGAAAAGAUCGAUUUGAUGACUGAUUUAUUGGCUAUUGUGAGAUCUAUAGGAAUAAUGGUCAAACGAUUUCAAUUCUUUGAUGAAAUUAGCUCUUUAGAUAUGAUUGUAGAUAUAAUGAUAGAUGUGACCCAUUUAGAACGUAAUUCUGGCAAUAUUUUAGAACGAGUGCCUACUGAAAACUUAAGCUAUGGCACAUUAGCAUUCAAUGCAUACUCAGGUUUGACAGAUAUGUUUAAUGACAACUGUGGAUCAACACUUGUUAUAGGUAAAAAACUUAUGCAUUGUAUGAUAUUAGGUUUAUUAGUUGAUGGACAGCGUGAAAUGCAAUUGACUACUAGACAAUUUAAUACAAUUCGUGAUCAUCAUUUAUCAUUUAUUCGUAAAAUAACUAAAAAAUUGGGAUCUCCAUUUGAGGGUGUAUUAGAAAUACUAUUGCAACAUUUAUUACAUCGAGGACCUGAACGAAGUGAACUAAGACCCCGUCAAUUUCAAAUCAUAUUAGAUGUUUGGAGAUUAUGCCCAAAUAAUGUUCGAAUUAAAAUUAAAUAUUAUUUUUUACGUUUGGUAUAUGAUGUUGAUGUUAAAUUACGCAUCGUUGCAUUGGAAACUCUUUUCAAAUUACUUUCAGAACCUGAAGAAAUUGAACCUGAGGACCCAACUUUACUAAAACUUAUGCCAUCAACUAAACAUGAAUUCAUUGUGGCUGUUAUUCUUUCUAAAUUUCAAGAUUUAUUAUUAACAGUUCGUUCUAAAGCAUUCUCAUUAUUUGCAACUUUAACAGCUGGUCCACCUACUGCUACUGCACAUCAAACUGCUUUAGUCAAACGUGUUCUUGUUGAUCCUUACCUACAAUUUGAUAAUAUAAAUAACACACCAUUCUGCAAAAAAGAUUUCCAUGAUUUUUAUCAAUAUUUGGAAAGUAAUAUGGCCAAUUUUGAUCCAAAUAAUAUUAGCAAUUUAAAUAUUUAUCCUGGGGCCAAAAUUUUAUUGUGGAUCUUAAAUGUACAUGCUCGUGAUGAACGAGCUUAUAUUCGACGUGUAAGUCUUACAAUUUUGUGUAAUUUAUUUCUUAUAAAUCAUAAGUUCAUGGAAAAAUAUUAUUUAACAUUAUUGGUGAGUAGUUGUUCAGACAAUGCAAUGACCAUCAGAAAAGUGGCGGUUUCUGGGUUAACUGAUUUGCUUUUAAAAUAUCCAGAUAAUCAAGAUGUGCUUAAGUAUUGGUUUAAAGGAUUAAUUCAUUUAGUUGGAGAUCGAGACAAAAAAAUUCAAGAAUUGUCUGUUGAAUCUAUGAAUCAAGUUAUUUUAAACAAUAUCAAACCAUAUUCUCCCAAAAUAAUUGAUGGUAAUGAUCCAUUAGAUUAUUUACCUUGGCGUGUAUUAGACAAUGUUUUAAAUGAAAAAGUAGGGAAGUACAUGAUGUGUUUGUGUGAAAAGUGGCGCAUCAAUGGAUUCUUUACAGAUCGUAAUGUUAAUGAUUUAAUGACAUAUGUGGGUUCUUCUAAUCAUGAAUGGACUGUACACAGCUUAUAUUUAUUACAAUUAAUAUCUCAUCAAUUAACAAUUUCAAAUAUAUCACCUAUUAUUAAAUAUUUUGAUACUCAGUUUGAUUUAUGGUUUGUUAGAGAAGAAAAUCCUUCGGAACUUAACAUCUUGUUAACACAUGCACAAAUGACUAUUGAUAUUUUAUUUUUAAAUCAUAAACGUUUGGAUAUAGAAACAAGACAAAGACUAUUAAGCACAUUUGAAGAUCUUUUGUUUAAUUUUAAAAUACCAACUCGUCUUAUAUCCAAAUCUUUGGAUUUGUACACUGUGUUACAAUUAGAUAAUUCUGAAAAACUAAAUACCAAUUUAAAAAAAUUGUUUCAAAUAAUUUGUAAUUAUAUUGAGACAUCUACAAAUAUAGAUAAUGAAGAGAUUAUUAUUCGAUAUAUAUAUACAUUGGGUGACAUUGGUUUAGUACAGCAUUUACAAAUCAAAAAUAAAUUUCAACAAUAUUUACUAGGCUUUUUGGGAAAAACUGAUGGAUCUGUAUCUUCAGCUCUUCAAACUAUCGUUAUCUUGACAAUAGGUAAAUUAAGUAUUGUUGAUGAACAAUUUGCAAAAGAAGCAAUAGUACAAUAUGGAGCAAUACUGAAAAAUCCAUACCACCCAUCAAUAAAAAUUAAUGCUUUAACUGCUUUAGCUGAUUUAUGUUUACGCUGUACAACUUUAGUGGAACAAGCUAUUCCAGAAAUGUGUGUUUGCUUGAAAGCCGAAAGUGUUCCAGUCAAACGGGUAGCACUAAAACUACUAACUGGAUUAAUACUUGAGGACUACAUAAAACUGAGAGAUGUAGCUUUCUUUGCUUUACUGUGCAUGCUUGAGGAUCCUGAUGAUCAAGUACGGCAAGAAACUUCAUCAUUCAUUGUGAACUAUUUGCUGAUCAAAAAUAAAGACAUUAUGGAAAGUAAACUAAUUGAAGUAAUUUUUCAUUUUAAUGGCUAUACUGGAGUACGGGCAAGUGGUGUUGAAGAUUGUUUUACAAACCCUGAGCUAAAGGCAUUUUUUUCAAUGGAAGGUGAUUCAAAGAAAGCAUCUCGACAUUGUGUUUAUAGAUUUAUGUUGACACAUAUGUUAGAUGAUAAUAAGUUGAAACUUAUGGUGAAAAUAUUUAAUAUUUUUGAAGACGUUGUUAAAGAUGUCAGUGCGACAGCUAACAAUGAAGUCAGAGAGCGCGCCACACAAGUUAUGAGAGAUGCUUUUUGGAUUUUAAAAGCCAAAGAAAUGGCUUUGGCGUCUGGAAAACCACGUGAUACCACCAACGAUGAUGAUCCAGGAACAUUAGAAAAAGUGGCUGAUUUAGCUAAACAACGAGUAGUUAUGGAAACAUACAAGAUGGUGAUGACUGACUACAUAAUACCUGGUGUGUUAAAAUUAAAGUAUGAAUUAGAAAAGAACAAAAAAAUACUACCUAAUGUAAUGAAUGAUUUACGUGCCUAUUUAUGUGCUCUAACUUCGGGAAAAUCUCCAAUAAAGACUGAAAUUGUGGAGUUGUUGUCAGUUGAUAAUGAUCUAAUGGCUGAAAUUCUACAUGAUAAUAUGCUAAUGAAACAACACAAUAAACAUUUAGAUGGUGAAAAUGGUGUUGGAGAGUUGGAAUCUGAAGAUGAUGAUGAUGAUGAUGAUGACCCCGCUACACAUUUAAUGCAAGAUUUGGAGUAUGUUACUUGGGCACAAACAAUGCAAAUGCGUGAAAAUGCUGAGGAGUCUGGUAUGGAUGUAACAACACAAGCCCAAAUGGAAGAGGAAAUUCAACAAAAAGCAUCUGAGAUAUCUAUUAAUGAAGAUGAUUUGCAAGAUGUAGCAGCAGCCAAUUUUAGUCAACUAACAGGGGAAGUUACCGUACGACCAAUUAACACAGAUAAGAAAUCGGUUUCUAAUGAAACAUUUACACAAAACUCAAUUUCUAAAAAUAAUUCAGCAAUUCAACUGUCUGCUAAGAAACGACUAUCUAAUAAACAUUGAAAAUUACUGAUGUAGAUGACGAUAACUUACCCGCUUACAGGUUGUUUGAUUAGUGUAGAUACAUUUUUUUUUAUUACCCUAUGACGAAAAGAGGUAUAUAUAUAUAUAUAUAUAUAUGACUUUUGUUGCCAUAAGUUUUGAAUUAAGAUACAAUUGUUAAUUUAUGUACUUUAUUUUUAUUUUUAAUAUAUAUAAACUCUUCACCUAGUUGAAUGUGUUGUGAGAAUAUAUAAUAGUAAAAUAUUGGUGUUUUGUCAGAUCACUAAUCCAGUGAUCACACUACAUCGAUCAUAAUUGUACAAAUGUUUGAAUCAAAUGUGAUUUGUGUAUAUACUUUAAGUGAUAUGUUAAAUUUGAUAACAUUUAAAUUAUUGAUAGUUAACUGAACUUGAGACAUUUUAGAAAAGAAGAAUGUUUAAGUUUAGUUAAAUACAACUCAAUAUUCAACUAAAUUUGUAUUUUCAAAUCAUUUAGAUUACUUACUAAGUUAUGAAAAACAGCAGAUAUCGGUUGAAAAAAAGACAUUAAUUAUCACAUGUUCAAGGACAAUUGCAUAUUUUUGUAUUAGAAAAAUUUUAUUUUUAGUUUACUCUUCUAAGUAUAAUAAUAAAUUAAUUACUUAGAAAAUAGAAAUGAUUGAGGACCAGUUUUUUGGACAGCUAAAAUAGUUACAAAUUGUACAUAUUAGUAGUUUAAAAUUACGGAAGAUACGUGACAUUUUCACCAAAUGCUUAUAUAAGCAUUUUCUAUACACCAUAAUUUUAGAUUCAGAGCAGAGUGAU